AUGGGAAACGUGAUGUCCGCCAGCUUUGCACCCGAGUGCACCGAAUUGAAACACGAGUACGACAACUGUUUUAACCAAUGGUACAGCGAAAAGUUUUUGAAGGGUUUGUCGAUGGAGAAUGAGUGCAGCAAACAGUGGUACGCGUAUACCACUUGUGUGGAGUCUGCGUUGGUCAAGCAAGGCAUCAAGCCGGCUUUGGAAGCUGCCCAAAAGGAAGCCCCCUUCGAAAAUGGCGGAGAAAGCAGCGAGAGCAAGUGA